UUUCAUUUGCUUGUUUGUUUGGUUUAAGCAUAAAGGUUGAUGGUGAAAGCACAGUUGUAGUGUGUAGUGAGUAAAAAUGGAAAACUUAUGUUUUUCCCUCUGCCCUUAGUUUUUGUUUCUUUCUGGUUUCUUUUAAUUGCAAGACAAAUAGAUGUCAGGUUUUAUGCAGACUAAAAUGUUUCAUUUGAGAUGCUUUUUUUUUUUUGUCGGUGAGGAUUCAAUUUCUUGUUUUGCCUGAUAUGAAGCGAGCUUUUGAUUCUAAGAUCUUUUGCUUUUUGAUUAGAUCUUCUUUUUGCAUUUCAACUGAAGUCAUUGAUGAACUUGGUUUUGCUCUGAUUCGAUUCACAACACUUUGAAACACUGACGAUCUUACUUGUUUCUAUCUAAAACCAUGGCGUUUAUAUUUAUGUUGUACGAUAAUGAAUGGAUGUCACACGGUGCCUUUUUUUUUCUUCUUCUUCCCUUUUCAGUUCUAAAUUGAUGGCUUGUCUUUUUCUUUCACGUUAUUUUCAGUCCCAAAUUACCACAAAUACCAAACUCCUGCUGCUUCUUCAUUCUAGUAGUACAAUCUGCUUUGUAAUUUCUCAACCUUGGAAACCUUUUUUUACCCCCUCACAUGAUGCUCUGUUUGGUAGCUGGGAAAAUGUAGUAUAAAAGAGAAGAGCACCUUGAUUUCUGACAGCUGUCUAAUAAUUUGAUUUGGUCAAAGUAAAUUCUAAUAAAAAUAUUAAACUUUCUUCUUAGGAUUCUUGGUGACUAUUAAUAGUUUGGUGAAUAUCCACCAAAACAUUAUUCCAUCAUGCAAUGUUAAAGAAAUGCUACCUAACCUGAUGAUCCUCAUUCUUAAUUUUUUCUAUUUCUCAGUGAAUUACUAAGAUUUGCAUUAUCUUUGGGAGGAUUUAUUUGAACUCUUGAGUGGUUUCGAUACCAAAUAUGCUAUAAAGGGGUUUCAAGUAAUGGACCGCCGUUGGCCUUGGAAGAAAAAAUCAUCUGAUAAAGCUGAUAAAGAUGCUGCUGCUGCCGCCGCCGAAGCAGAUGCCGCCGCUGCUGCUUUAGCUUCAGCUGCAUCUCAAAAUGAUCAGAAUACUUACAAAAAACCCAAGUAUGUUCAAAUUUCCAUGGAAUCAUAUUCACAUCUCACUGGUUUGGAGAAUCAAGUGAAAAUAUAUGAGGAACAAGUCCAGACAUUGGAGAAUGAGAUUAAGCACUUGAAUGAAAAGCUCUCUGCUGCCAAUUCAGAGAUUAGUGGCAAGGAAGACCUGGUGAAACAGCACACUAAAGUUGCAGAAGAAGCAGUCUCGGGUUGGGAAAAGGCUGAAGCAGAGGCCUUGGCCUUGAAAAAUCAUCUGGAAUCUGUUACCCUUUUGAAGCUCACUGCUGAAGAUAGGGCAUCGCAUUUGGAUGGUGCUCUUAAAGAGUGCAUGCGGCAAAUCCGAAAUCUGAAGGAAGAACAUGAGCAGAAGUUGCAAGAUUUGGCUGUUAGCAAAAACAAGCAAUGUGAAAAGAUUAAGCUUGAGCUCGAAGCAAAGAUAGCUUAUUUAGACCAAGAGCUCUGUAAGUCUGCGGCUGAAAAUGAUGCAAUUUCUAGGUCUUUGCAAGAACGUUCUAACAUGCUGGUCAAGAUUACUGAAGAAAAAUCUCAAGCUGAGACCCAGAUUGAGUGUUUGAAGGGUAACAUCGAAUCAUGUGAAAGGGAAAUCAAUUCACUGAAAUAUGAGAUUCAUGUAGUUUCCAAAGAGCUCGAAAUUCGCAAUGAAGAAAGGAACAUGAGCAUGAGAACUGCAGAAGCAGCUAACAAGCAGCAUAUGGAGGGUGUAAAAAAGAUAGCAAAGCUAGAAGCAGAGUGCCAAAGACUGCGUGGUCUUGUGAGGAAAAAGUUGCCUGGUCCUGCUGCACUUGCCCAAAUGAAGCUAGAGGUUGAGAGUUUAGGCCGGGAUUAUGGAGAUACUCGAUUAAAAAGGUCUCCCGUCCGGCCUUCUACUCCACACACACCUGCUGUCACUGACUUUUCCCUUGACAAUGCACAGAAAUUCCAUAAAGAGAAUGAGUUUCUCACUGAACGAUUAUUAGCAAUGGAAGAAGAAACAAAGAUGCUGAAAGAAGCUUUGGCAAAGCGUAACAGUGAACUACUGGCUUCUAGGAAUCUGUGUGCUAAGACAUCUAGCAAGCUUCAAACUUUAGAAGCACAACUUGCCAUCAGCAACCAGCAAAGAAGCCCCUCAAAAGCUAGCAAUUCACCAAGUGUGACUUCUGUGUCUGAAGAUGGAAUUGAUGAUGAAAAAAGUUGUGCCGACUCAUGGGCAACUGGUAUGAUCUCCGAGCUCUCUCAAUUCAAAAAGGAAAAGAGCAUUGAAAAGUUGAAUAAAACUGAAAAUGUGAAGCACCUGCAUCUUAUGGACGACUUUCUUGAGAUGGAGAAGUUGGCGUGUUCUUCAAAUGAUUCAACUGCAAAUGGUGCAAUCACUAAUGCAGGUUGUACAAACAAUAAAUCACCCGAAGCUGUUAAUGCUGAUGCUUCAGCAGAGACUUCUUGCAAGGAACUCCAUUCUGGAAAGCAGCAUGAUCUAUCACCACCAGCAAAUCACGGGUCUAUAGUCCAUCCUGAAUCUGAUGCAGACAAAUUGCUUGUUAUGAAGCUUCAUUCAAAGCUUUCUAUGGUGCUUGAAUCAAUGUCCAAGGAUGCUGAUGUGCACAAAAUUCUGGAUGACAUCAAAUGUGCUAUCCAGGAUGCACAGGACACUCUGAGCGAUCACUCUGUCAAUGGUGUCUCUGAGGAAGUGGAUGGCUCCGAAGGCAAAUGCAAUGGGCAGGGUCAUCUGGAAAAUGGAAGCUUAACUGAAGGGAAGGACAUUUCUGUGCCUCCAGGUGAUAAGGUGACUACAGAAACUUUGCAAACUAUAAGUCAAGAAUUAGCUGCAGCGAUUUCUCAGAUUCACGACUUUGUAAUGUCCCUGGGGAAAGAAGCAAGGGCAGUUGACAACAUAUCUUCUGAUGCCUAUGGAUUAAGCCACAAAAUUGAUGAUUUCUCUGUCACCUACAAUAAAGUCUUAUGCAGCAAUGUGAACUUGGAUGAUUUUAUUUUUGGUCUUUCUACUGUUUUAGCCAAAGCCAGUGAACUAAGAUUCAAUGUGCUUGGCUUCAAGAGUAGUGAAGCGGAAAUGAAUGGACCUGAUUGCAUAGAUAAGGUUGCUUUACCAGAGAAUAAGGGAAAUCAAAAUGAUUCAUCAGGGGGAAGAUAUCAAAAUGGCUGUGCCCAUAUUUCAAAUCCAACUUCCAAUCCUGAGGAUCCUGACGAUGGGAACCUGGUCUCAGAAUAUGAAUCAAAACAAACGAGCAACAUCUCAUCAGAAGAAUUCGAGGAAUUGAAGUUGGAGAAAGAAAACAUGGCGAUGGAUCUUUCUCGAUGUACUGAAAAUCUGGAGAUGACUAGGUCCCAAUUACAUGAAACUGGGCAGCUUCUAGCAGAAGCAAAAUCUCAAUUGGCUGCUGCUCAAAAAUCAAACAGCUUGGCUGAGACUCAGCUCAAGUGCAUGGUAGAGUCCUAUAGGUCACUUGAAACACGUGCAGGGGAGUUAGAGACUGAGGUGACCCUUCUCAGCGCAAAAAUCAACACUCUAGAAAAUGAGCUUCAAGAUGAAAAGAGAAGUCACCAUGAUGCUUUUGCCCGAUGUAAAGAACUAGAAGAGCAAUUGCAAAGGAACGAGAAAUGUUCUGUUUGUUCUGCAGCGGAUAAUGACCUCAAGAACAAUCAGGAGAGAGAGUUAGCAGCUGCAGCCGAGAAACUAGUGGAAUGUCAAGAGACCAUAUUCCUUCUUGGCAAGCAAUUGAAAGCUUUCCGCCCUCAGACCGACAAGAUAGGAUCACCCUACAAUGAGAGGAGCCAAAAGGGUGAAGGUUUCCGCGAGGAUGAACCCACUACCAGCAGCAUGAACUUGCAAGACCUGGAUCAGGCAGAUAUAGACACGGCUGCUUCAGGCAACAGAAGCCGAACUGGUGUGGAAUCCCCCAUGGAGUCAUUUAACACACCAUGCAGUCCUCCUCAUACUGAAGGAGACGUUUUGAGAUCACCAGUCAGUUCAAAACACAGGUCAACGAUGUCAAGCUCUUCAUCUACCACUCCUGCCACAACCCCAGAAAAACAUUCAAGAGGCUUUAGCAGAUUCUUUUCCUCCAAAGGAAAGAAUGGUGUUUAAGGCUGCAUCUCUCAUGGAGCAUAAAACUCCAUCAUUGAGGUCUCUUAAUAAGAAUUCCUAGAACCCAAACUUAGAAUUUUGUAACUAAUGACUGUAUAUUGCAUCCUUUUAUCUGUUCUCUUCUUUUCCCUUGUGUAAUUUGCCUACGUGAAUGUGACAUAGUUUUAAGCUGUUGAAUAUAUGAUUGUAUGUGGCGGUUCUGUUAA